UUCUGACCCGGUUCCAGAGGACCUGUGAGCCCCGGUGAGGUGGGCAGGCAGCCCAGCCGAGGUCAGAGUCCCCUGCCCAGCCCUCAGCAUGAAUCCCACUUCUCCGGUGUGUCUGGUCAUCCCCAUUGCCAGCCUCCUCUCCUGGCUCAUGACCGGCUGCGCCACCGAAAGUCCUCCACAGUUCAUCAAGCACCCCAUGGACCAGAUCGGGGUGUCGGGAGGAGUGGCGUCCUUCGUGUGCCAAGCGACAGGAGACCCCAAACCCCGCGUCACCUGGAACAAGAAGGGAAAGAAAGUGAACUCACAGCGGUUUGAGACCAUUGAAUACGACGAUGGUGCCGGAGCGGUCUUGAGGAUACAACCCCUCCGGACGCCCCGAGACGAAAACAUUUACGAAUGCGUUGCCCAAAAUUCGGUGGCGGAGAUCACGGUCAAUGCCAAACUGACCGUUCUGAGAGACGCCCCUGCUUUAUGCCCAAAACCGCCGUGCUUGUCGCUCCUUCCCACUCAUGCCCAGAAGGUGCGAUCCGGGCUAUGUAAAGAUCUGUAUGUGUGGAAGGAUGGCAAUCUGGGUUUCGAAGCAUCAUCGCUCUCGCACGUCGCCUGCGUCUCCAGCUACCUCCCACACCUGAUAUUCCCGCACACGGGGGCUUCCUGGUUCCGCGAGUUCACUUCACGUUCCAGGUGGCAGAAGGAGGAGAGGCACUGCAUCAAUGUUGCGGUGUCCCCCACCCACUGCGGGGUGGCAGCUAAAAAGACCAAAGGAGCCCUGACACGGG